AUGGGGCGAGGACGCGGCGGCGGCGGCGGUCGCCGCAAGGCGCCCAACGCCGCACAGAGCUCGUCUCGUGGCCACGCCGCAGCAGAGGCGCACGAGCACGGCGGCUGCUCCUGCUGCAACCACGAGAGGGAUCCGGUGGCGGACUACGUGAACGUGAUCAGUUCGCGCCGCGGACUGACGCCCGACUCGGCUAUGCAGUUUGCUGGGUACUUCUCCAGCGUCACGCCUGAGCAGGUCCACGCGUACUUCCAGAGCCGGAACACGAAUCGUGUCUUGGACCUCAGGGGCAUCGCGCAGGACUUCGGGCGGGAGCAAACCCUCGCGAAGCACCAGCAACGCAUGGAGAAGCAUCGCACCAGCACACCACACCACCUGGACAGCGGCGUGAAGGCGGCGGCGCAACACAUCCACCGUCUCGCCGACAAGGUCGGGCUUCCCCCGCACACGGGCCCCCCGCCGGAGUCGUGCACGCCCAUCGCCGUCAAGGACAUGCUGCCCGACACGCGGCACCGCAAGCGCGUGCUGCGCGGGACCUGCGUCGUGGACCCCGUCCACACCGUGUCCCUGGAUACGGUGGUCGAGGACGAGAACGGCGCCGUCGUCCGGGUGGUCGUCUACAUGGCCGACUUGGGUAUGGACCGGUCCAAAGAAUCGGUGGAAGAGAGGUACCGCCGGGGGCGGCACGUGGCGAUCCCGGAGCCGUACCUCUGCGCGGAGAUCAACGGCGAGCUGGCCGUGCACGUCGAGGACCCGCGGGACUUCGUGUUCGUCGACGAGGUCGCCCCGUCCGACGCGGCCGGCUGGCGCGUCCGGGGCAACGCGCAUCUUCAGGAGGGCGACCUUGCGGCAGCAAAGAGGUGCUACAUUCGCGGCCUCCGUUACGCGGCCGGGCCGGACGACCUGGUCAUGUCGACGCUCCUGAACCUGUCCGCCGCACACCUGCACGCCGGGGACCCCGCCCGCGCGCUGCUGGCGGCCCUCGCGGGCCUGGCAUUGCGCGGCAACGCCUCGAAGGCGCACUUUCGCGCCGCUUGCGCGCUCGAGCAGCUCGGAGCGGGGCCCGCGGCCCAGUGGUUCUGCACGCAGACGUGCAAGCUGGACGGCUCCGAGGACCCCGCCGUUUCGGCCAUGCUCCAGCGCCUGAAAGCCAACGGCGACGCCGCAAGGGUGACGUCCGAGAAGGCCGCGGUGGUCGCUGUGCUCCGUGCGCUUGCGAAGCACUCCCCGGAUUGCUUCGCGUGCGAAGCGGCAGGGGCCGGUGGCGGCGAGGACGCGGCCGGCGACCGCAUCGAGCAGAUGCGUGCUGCAAAGGAGAGGGGCAAUGUUUCGUUCAAGGACAAGGAGUACGCUUCGGCGAUCGCAGCGUACCGCGACGCGCUGAGCUGCGCGGAGGACGCCGCGACGCUGCUCGCGAACCGGGCGCUGUGCCAGUGCAAGGCGGAGGCGUGGGUGCCGGCUGCGGUGGACGCGUGCGCAAGUCUCGUGAUCCGCCCCGGCAACGGCCGGACGCAGUACCGCCUUGCGUCUGCGCUGAUGGAGCUCAACCUGAUCGACGAAGCGCGGUCGGCGCCGCUCGACGCGGUCGAUGACGCGACGAGGGCCGAGGUCCACGCGCGACGCGAGGCGCUGGCGCGGGCGGCGGGGUUCCAAGUCAGCAGGGCGCGAGGCAACGCGAUGGAGGAUUUGUUCUCGUUCAUGGUGCCCCCCAUGUCGUCGGGGGAGUCGGGCGAGACGCUGUGGGAGCUGCAGCGGUUCAACUCUGUCCUGGGUCUCAUCACGCCGGAGAGCCUGCGCGCGGCGGGCAUCAAGGAGCGCGUGCCGCGCAGGGACGUGCCCGACUUCCCGCGGGCGUUCGGGGACCGGUGUCUGUGGCCGCCCGGGUGCGACCGGCGCCGCUGCGACCGCUUUCUGCGCAAGGCGUACGAGACCGAGGUCGGGAUCAGCUCCAACUUGUUUCAGCUGGCCAGCCAGGGCCCGUCGCAGCUCCUGGACGACUACGCGACGCUCGCGCAGCGGCUCGGCGGGCAAGCCUCGCCCGCGCGGAAGGAGUGGCUGUUGACCGCGCCGCUCGGCGACGUGCGCUACCACACGCAGGUCGACCCGCUCGCGAUGUACCCGUGCAAUAAUCAGCUCCACAGCUUCGGCAACGCGUACGCGGCGCCGGCGAAGCUCCGCCGCGGCGACGUGCACGUCUCGGUCGGCUUCAACGACCUCGCAUGGCUGGCACAGUGCCUCCAGCUUGGCCUCGACCCGCCCGCCGCCCCGGCCGGUCCCGACGCGCCCCUGCUCUUCGUCGGAUACGACGGGAGCCCCUACGGCGUGGCGAAGACGUCGGUCAUCGUGGAGAUGCUGCGGCAGGGCGCGCAGUACGCGUCGGCGGCGGACGCGAGGGAUGCUCGAAAGUUCAUCGCGGACGUCGUCGAGGUGUGGUUCAGCAGCGCGUGGACAUCGCGAACGCUGCAGAGGUUCAAGGCCGCGGUCGCGCGGCUGGCGGACGACGCGGGGUGGCGCGCGAGCCAGUCGGACAAGGUGGUGGCCAUCGUGCUGCACUGGGCCGCGCACCCGGACGUGCCACUCGCGCGGGCGCUCGGCGAGUGGCUCGACACCCACAGCCACGCCAAGCACGGCUUCGGGAACUGGGUGCAAACGAAGGAUACGUUCGAGCACGCCAUUUACGCGAUGACGGGCUCCCUGAACCCCAAAGGCACCGUCGGCAGCCCCGUCAUGUUCUCCCUGCCCGACUCCCUCGCGCUGGGCAGCUUCUUCCCGGACGAGAGCAUCUUCUUCGCGAUCGACGUCGCGGAGCUGUCCGCCAGGCGGGAGGCGAACAUGAAGCCGGCGAUCGUCUCCUUGGCAACGGAGGUCCUCGCUGACCGGGUCCGGGCGCUCGCCGAGGCCCUGUGGAGCGGCGCGCUGCAGGUGGACCUGCGGUGCGGGUUCGUCGACCACUACCGGGGCGACCAGGCGGUCGUCGACGCGAUUGCGGCCCUGCGGCCCGCAACGAUGUACUGGAGCAACUGCCCGGACUACAUGGACCCGAGUCUCUUCGGGAGCUUGGCCAGAGAGUGCUCGGCGCCGCAGGGCACGCGCCACUACCUGCACGCGAUGAACUGGCCGACGUGCGUCAAGGGGGCGUUCGUGUUUGACUACCAGGACCGCAAGGCGCGGCUGCAGAUCGUCGACAAGGCCCGGGAGCAGGUCGCCAAGGAGUACGCAGCGGACAACCGCGACGUGUACAUGCGCCUGCCGGUCGUCGACAACCCCGUCAGCGUCGCGGGGUACUACCUCGACCGUCAGUUCCACCGCACGUACGCCAAGCAGUUCUUCGAGGACGCCGACGUGCAAGCGGGUUCGUGGGAAGUCACCAAGGCCCCCGCGUACAACAAGCUGGCGGGGAGCUACGCGGUCUUCAGCAUGGCGUUCGACGCGAGGCCGCGCGACGGGGAGGCGUAG